CAUGAGCAUUAUUUAUUUUCCGGUGGGACCUGUCAUUCCAGAGCAGUGAGAGUCCACAUACGAUACAGUAUGAAGGAAUUCUGAGCAAUCAAAACUUCCCUUUCAAGCCCAAUCCUUUUUCUCUCUCACUGUCUGAUUUCCUUGCCAAGCCAUUUCCCACUCCUUCUCUGUAAGGCCGUAAACGCUCUCCCCUUCCUCAUUCUUGUUCUCUCGCUCCCACUUUACCCCCCCUCCCAACCCUGCAGAACUCUUUUCUUGGUUCGUGAUGAACAGAGAGUAAUGGGUUCUUGCGCUUCUGUUCAUAGAAACACGGAGACCGACAUGAAAUUCAAACUGUCACUUGGAUCCAAAGCUGACAAGAUUGUGAUUCCCCCAUCACCCGUCAAGGAAAAACCCCGCAACGACAACUUUCCGAUCCACGGUAGCAAAGAGGAAACGUUUUUUGAUUCAAAGCCCUGGAUAGACUCGGACGGCGAAGAUGAUUUCUAUAGUGUCAAUGGUGAGCUUACACCAUCUCGGGGCAGCUCUCCGGUUCACCACUCUUUGGGGAACUCUGGUGUCAAGAGAACCCCUUCUGAGAAUAGAAAUCCCGGUUCGCUGCAAGAACCAUCUCCAACGGAAAGGAAGAAGAAACUUGUAGAACUUUUUCAAGACAAAGAUGAGGCUGAGGGUGAGAAAAAAACCCCCGAUACCCAAAACAAAGGUGAAGAAACUCAAGUUAAAACAACUAUCCAGGACUUGCUUCCAAAAUCUGCACAAAGCACCCCAUACAUCUCGGGGGCCAACUCUGUGUGUAGUAGUGAAAGAAGCAUGAACGAGGACCCUCUGUCCAUCAGGGAGAAAUCUGGUAAGUCUGUCCAGUGCUGCCUUCCGAGCUUGGCCUCAUGUCGUAGCUUUAGUGAGAGGAGGAGGAAGAUGAGUCCUGCAAUACCAGCUAAUGGAAAACCUUGACCACGAUUAUACGUUGCAGUCUUGACACAGAAGUGUCUUUUGACAUGUUGUAAAAGUGGCUGAAUUGGCAUUAUGUGAAUGUGACUGUGUACAUCUCAACAUUUUCCUUGUAAAGAAGACUUAUAAUAUUAAUUUUGAGAGCAUUAAAAACUUCUGACUGAAGUGAUGACGCUCUGUAAAAAUGCUAUGAGAUUUUCUUGUGAUAAUAUAUCUUCCAGGGCCCAGUUUAGCCUUAGAA